GUCCAAAACAGGAAGCAAGCGCAGAAAUGCCAUGAGAAGUGCUGUUUAAUCGAGUUAAAAUAGAAUUAAAAUGCAAUUUAUUUAGAAUACAGUAGUUUAUUAUAAAUCCUAUAUAUUUAAAAAACAAAACAAAAAACGAAACACCAUGAGCAACCUAGAGGAGUUUGAUCCUAAAGAACACCAGCACCUGCGGUACAACCCCUUGAGGGACAGUUGGGUAUUGGUGUCAGCCCAUCGCAUGAAGAGGCCCUGGGCUGGUCAAGUGGAGAAGCCCCCCGAGGAGCACAUCCCCAGAUACGACCCCCACAACCCCCUGUGCCCAGGCAACACGCGGGCUAAUGGAGAGGUGAAUCCAGACUAUGACAGCACUUUUGUUUUUCCAAAUGACUUUCCAGCUCUUCAGCCCGACGCUCCAAGUCCUGGCAUUGAUCAACAUCCUUUGUUCCAGUCUAGAUCUGCUCGGGGUGUCUGCAAGGUAAUGUGUUUCCAUCCUUGGUCCGACGUCACCCUCCCGCUCAUGAAAAAGGAAGAGGUUGUCAAGGUGAUCGACAAGUGGGUGGAGCUAGUACAAGAACUGGGAGCCACCUACCCUUGGGUCCAGAUCUUUGAAAACAAAGGUGCCAUGAUGGGCUGCUCCAAUCCACAUCCUCACUGUCAGGUUUGGGCCAGUAACUUCCUGCCAAAUGAGCCGGCUGUGUCUGACCGCUGCCAGAGGGAGUACUAUCAAAAGCACGGAGAGCCUCUUUUGCUACACUAUGCCACACAGGAAGCUCAGAGGAAGGAGCGCGUGGUGGUGGAAAGCUCUGAUUGGCUGGCGGUGGUCCCAUACUGGGCGACAUGGCCAUACCAGAUGCUGUUGUUGCCACGGCGACAUGUCCUGAGACUGACUGAUCUGACUGCAGAGGAGAGACAGGAUUUGGCUGACAUCAUGAAGCAACUCCUGACUAAAUACGACAAUCUGUUCGAGGUCUCUUUCCCCUACUCUAUGGGCUGGCACGGAGCUCCGACGGGCCCCCAUCUGACAGAAGACUCCUCUCACUGGCAGCUGCAUGCACAUUACUACCCUCCACUGCUGCGCUCUGCCACUGUCAAGAAGUUCAUGGUGGGCUAUGAGAUGCUAGCCCUGGAGCAGAGAGAUCUCACGCCAGAGCAGGCUGCUGAAAAACUGAGAAACUUACCAGACAUCCAUUACAAAACUAGACAACAUCUUGAAGAGAAAGUAAAAGAAGCCACCAGUUAAAAAAAAAAAAAAAAAAAAAUCACAUGUAUACUCAUGACAUUGACAAAAUAUAAUCGGAUCAAUUGUACUUUUAAAAUCAACUACAGUGAUUGGAUGUCUGUCCUCUUCUGGUAAAUUCUCAUAAAGAUUUGAUGUCCGAUGUUGGGAAGCUCGCAUACACUUAAGGCUUCUUCUAUCAGCAGAACAAUGCGAUAUCUGUGAUGUAAAUGAAUGUCUUUGUUCACUCUAUGGAAAAUUGGAUUCCACUUAGUCAAAUGUACAAAUGUUUUCUGAUGCCAAGUUGCCUUAAACUAAUUGAAAAGCAGUCUCAAUCCAUUGUGUUUUAAAUUUAAAGCUGUACUAUGCAACUUAUCCAUAGUAGUCUGGAUUGUUCUAUACUAUAGCAUUAGACUUAUUUAAAAAAAAAUCUGGAUUCAUUCAGUUAUAAAUGUUUUAAUUGCUAAAUUAACCUUGAAAUACACUCAUUCUUACUAUGGUCGGGGUCGCCUCUCCACAGAUAUGACCUGUAACGUGGCGUGGUUGCAUCACCUGACACUUUCCGUAAGUGUAUUGUGGAACACUAGCACUAUGGCAAAGGCACCAGGCAAAGCUACAACAUCUACGGAGACAAAACAGUAAAGUUGCAUAGUGCCCCUUUAAAGGAUUGGAGCUCAAUAUUAAAAAUGAAUGUUGUGCUGGAGCUUUCAGAGCCAUAGACAGAGACUGUGAAAAAAUAUUAAAUCCAUAGGUUUUGAUACAAGUUGCAACAAUAUUUAACCCUUGUUCAAUUUAUGUUGUUUCCCUGGACAACAGUAGGUGGCAGUGUUGCUUAAAAAUUCAACACCACCCAGCUUUU